CAAAUUUAUACCACCAUGGACAUGCACAUGUCAAGUUCCUCCAAUUCGAGCGCCUGCUCGGUGACGGUAUGCCCACCCUAUCCCUGGUUAUGAAUUAUGCAUGUAUGCAUGCAUCAUCGACAUAAUGACUAAUCCGCAUAAAGAUGCUCUGGAACUGGACCACCAUCGAUGCCUGCUUCCUCUCCUCAACCUGGCACAUCACCACCGCCGGCCAAUUCGCCGUCUCCUGCAUCGGCGUGGCCUUCCUGGUCGUCGUCCUCGACGUCCUGCGCCUGCUGAGCAAACAAUACGAGGAGCACCUCCAGCGCCAGUUCCAGCGACACGUCGCGACGCAGUCCCCCGGCGAGCGCACGCAGUUCUUCUGCGGCGAUACGCUGGCCGAUGGGCCGCUGGUGGUCACCUUCCGGGCUAGUCCGGUGCAGCAGCUCAUCCGCGCGCUGCUGCAGACGCUGCAGUUCGGGCUGGCGUAUCUCAUCAUGCUGAACGCCAUGUCGUAUAACGGGUACAUGAUCAUUUCCAUCUUUCUGGGGGCGUUCGUGGGCAAGGUGCUCUGUGAUCGCGGCGAGUAUCGCGUGGUGCUGCCGGCGAGGGGGAAGGUGGCCGCGGAGGCUGCGCCGGUGGUGCCGGACAAGCCGGAGGAGUGGACGACGGGGUGCUGUGGGUAGCUGCUGCUUAGAAUUGUGUCUCGUCUCGAAUUAGAUUUGUCAAUAAUGAUGCUGAUGAUUAAUG